AUGAUUUAUGCUGGAGGAGGAAAUUUUGAGAAGACUAUGGAAAAAAGGCAGGGCUCUAAUAUUCGCCCAAUUAUAUCCAUUAUGUCAAUGGGGAAUAUGGCUACAGCUUCUUCUAUUUGCGCAAAUGGCGAAAUUUUUAACAAAACAGUAUCACUUGAAUUUAAAUGUGAAACUGGAAUAAUAUAUGGUUUGAAAGAUUAGAAGAUAGGCUUGGAGGGAGAGGAUAUCAGCUUGUCAUGUGUCAAUACAGACUUCAUGAUUGUUGAUCAGGAUUGCUCUUACUAUUCAUUCAACACUACAAUCCAAAAGCGCAUUGAUAAAUGGUUUAUUGAUCAGUGCAAUGGAAAGUAAUCUUCAUAUGAAUAAAGUUUUUAUGGCAAAAUAGUUGACAAGAGUAACAUUGGAAUUAUGCUUGUCCUAUUUGAUAUAGUAGUCCUCAUCCUUUACUUAAUUUCUCUAGGAUUCCUUAAGAAUUUUCAGAAAAUAGAUGCUUUGGAAAUUAAUGGAGAUGUGAUGAAAUGCUCUGACUUCUCUAUCUUGAUAAGAAAUCUACCUACGAAUCCUAAUGUUAUUGAAUACAAAGCAUGGCUAUGGGAAUGGAUAGAAAAGAAAUUAGCAGAGCAUGAUGAUCAAGAUUAGAACAAUAAGUCCUAUAUACCUAAGAUUGUUGAAAUAUAUUUUGGCUACACUGACUAUAGCGAUUUUGGAGAUCUCAAAGAGAUUAGAAGUCUUGAGAAAGCAAUGAUUGAGCAAAGGAAAAAAUUGAAAUUUGAUAAAUCUGGAUAAGUUGAAAAUUAUAGAGCUCUGUAAAAAAUAGUUGGCGCAUUAAAAGGGAAAAUUGAGGAGUAUGAAAAAAAUUCUAAGAAAAGAGAGAAAAAGCUAAUUCCUAAAUUUGCUUAUGUGAUUUUACUUCAUGAGAAUGAUAAGAAAAGGCUUUUGAAUCUCUAUGAUAUUGGAUGGAAACGAAAAAUGCUUUUGAAAUAUAAAUAAAGAGAUAAGUAUAAUUCUUUAUGUUUUGAUAACGGAUAGUUUCCAGAUCUUGUAUAAGCUCCUUAGCCAUCUCUAGUUAUGUGGAGUAACUUAAAAUUCGAUAAUAUAGAUAUUUUCAAAAGAAGCUUGCAGAUAAAUAUUGUCACAUUUUUAUUGAUGCUUGUGUCAUUUUUCUUGGUUAUUUAUGGAAAAUACCAAGAUAAAAUUAUCAAGAAAAUAUAUGGAGGAGAUUAGUGCAAACUUGAUGAUGAAAUUACGCAAUAAAUGGCAGAAGCAGAUUUUAAAUAGCCCCGCGAGGGAAGGCAUGGAUUGAUGCAUUGCUUUUGUUUGAAUAGGUAUACAUCUCUUGGUUAGGAGGUAGUCAGUAUUAAAUUUGAUGAUUCUCUUUAUUAUUGUUCUGACUGGUUUGAUAUUUACACGGCUAAGAAUGGAUAUGUUUAUUAUGCUGGAUUUGCUAUUAGUUUUGUCAACAUAUUAAUUAAAUUCGUGAUAGGAAAAAUAAGCUUUUAUCAAAGAAUGCACACAUUGAAUGAGAUACUUGAAAAUACAACAUUAAAGAUGUUUUUGUUCCAAGUAGUCAAUACUGGAGUGAUAUUAAUGCUUGUGAAUUGGAAUCUCAAAGACGAACUAGGAUUGCCAGAUAACUUCCCAGUCCUUACUGGAGAUUAUACUGAUUUCACUGUUAACUGGUACUAAAAAAUUGGAGUCCAAUUGUUUGUUUACUUUGGUCUAAAAUACUUUGCAACUUUUUGGGAUAGAAAAUUUAGACCUUGCAACAAAAGACGAACAAGGCAAUACAUUUAAGAAGAUUAUUAAUCAUAGUAUCUUGGCCCACCGUUUGGUUUUGAGAAGAGAUAUUCAUCUAUGAUGGCAGUGAUAUUCAUUACUUUUAUAUUCUCGGCUGUUUUGAGGGUUCAUCAGAAACCAGUUAUGACAGAUGGUGAUUUAGCAAAUAAAUUAAGAGUUGUUUUAUCAUUUGCUGCAGUUUGGCAUUUAGGCAUUGCAUUUUUAAUGAUGAGCAGCGAGUCGAUUUUCCCUCUGGUAAGCUUAUUUAAUGAUAAUUAAUAUUAAAAGAAACAAAAUGAGAUGGAGGCUAAAUUUAGUUUACCAUCAUUUUUAGCAUUCAUUGACGAAAAACGUCUUAACCAUGAUCACUCUUUUCUGACCUUCAUAGCUUUCUUCAUCAGUCUUAUCUUUUCAUUGUUCUAUGAUACUUUAGUUAAACUGCUGAUUAAGCUGUGGAAUAAAAUUAAAAAUAUGAUAGGCUGUAAAUAAAAAGCUUCGAAGAUGUAAUAGUUUGAUGAUAUCCUAAGUAUAUAAGAGAUAAAGACUUAGUAGUAUGAUUUCUAUGAAGCGAUUGGAAUAUAAGGAAUAAUAAGUGAGAAAAAGAGAUCUUAAUAAUCUCUAGAAGAAAUUGAAAAAUUCAUGAAGGAUAACGAAGUAUCUCAUAAAUUGAGAAAGCUUCAUCAUAGAUUUAUAAUUAAAAUCGAUACUCUUGAUAAACUACUAACCAAGAAAUAGUAAGAUGCAUAAUCGCUGCUCAAGAGAGUAUUUUUAUAAGGACUAAUGAAUAAGAAAAGAGAGAAAGAAGGUCUAAAACGAGUUGAUGAUCCGGAACUUGCAUUUAAAGAUGUUAGUUUCCCUUGUAAAGUUUAGGGCCUAUUAACAUAUGAUAUCAAAGAAAAUGAUUUUUAUAAAGAUGUGUAUGCAACAGCUGAAAGAUUAGAUCAAAUAAAAAAAGAAAUCUAGAUUUUGGAUGCUGAUAAUAUUGAUGUAAAUUCGAUUGCUGAAAUACGUAAUUUGAUUAAUAGCUGA